GAUACGUCCUAAAAGUCCACUAAAGACACGUCAUUGUGCCAGCUGGAUACAUCCUUGCGCUCACAUUAUUAUUAUGCUAUUGCCCUCCCUUCCGACCUGUCAGUCAACUUUAGGUCGUGAAUUAAAGCCAUUUUCGUUGGAGCCAGUUGAAUUUCCUCACUUGAACUUCAUACGUAUGAAAAGCAACAUAAUGUAAUCGUAUAAUGUAUACAAACAAAAAGCUUAAAUAAAGCACGAAAACAAACGUUCAGCGUAAAACGGCUACUGGUGUUGAACGUAGUAAAAAUUGUUGCUCUGCCGGUUUUUAUUGUUGUUUGCAUUGUGAUUACGCGAGUGUGUGUGUUUUUGUUGUUUUUCUUCUACUUUGCCCCAACGUUUCGGUUAGUCAUUCUGUUUGAAUGAUCUGUUGAUUCGGCUAUUCGAGCUGGCUUCGGUUGCGCUUGACAACAAACGUCGAAGUCGUGUCUUAAUGUUAAUGGCUUGAGUUGGAGUAGUAGCUUACUGGAGUUGAAGUUGGCUUUACUUGAUCUAGUGGAGGUAGUUGGCUGCGAAAGAGUGUGAAAGAAACAAACCAAACAAGUCGAAAUCAAUGCUGCCAAGGCGUUCGUUAAUGAUCACGCUCUUUUCUGCUUGACUGCAAUCAAUGGCCGAUCGUGUGCCGUGGAUUAUGAGUUCUUGCGCUGCGAUAUUACGUGUGCCUUUCGACUGUUGUCUGUUUGUAUGUACAAUCUCUUCUCAUAGUCGGAUACAAAGUGAUAUAUGAUCGACAACACCAUGACAGGUCUGUCAGGCCGGGGCCAUGAGAUGAUCGCGCAAUCUUCCAUACACAGUUAUUAAGCCAAUAGCGUGUUUUAUGUGUAUGUACAGAUGUUCAGGUUGUGUAAUGACUAUGCCGGAGCAUUAAUACUUGCCAAUAUAAAAUUUUAUCACCAUUACCUCGUUUUUGGUAACAUUAGGGUACAAUUCAUAAUUAAAUAAAAAACAGGUCUAGCAGAGCUUUUAGUUUCAUGUAGCCGUAUUUGCUACUAAGUAAAAAGUAUUUGAGGCCCAUUCUCGACUGAUAUACUAUGUUAACGAGCAAAAGAAGAUUCAUGCAUACAGAAAGACGCAUGGCUAUGUACAAUUUUUUUUUUAUUUUGAUUCGUGUUUCAUUUCAAUUUUGAUGUGAUUAUACAAAUAUUGUUUCGUUGAAGAAAUUCGUUUCCAUUUUUUAUAAUUUUAAAUACAUUUGCACUAAAGGGGUCAGAAGUUUAUCUUCUAACAGGCGACGACUCUUCUACACCUGUUUUUUUUUACAUAACAUGUAUGAGAAUCGAAUAAUCCCUUGUCGUGUACAUUGAAAUCUGUUCAUAUUUCUUCGAAAUAUGAAUUUCUUUAAACGUAGAUUAAUCUCAUUAAUUUUUUUUUUAGAAUGCUUUCUCUUCAAAUGAUUAGAGGGUAUGUACAUAUAUGUAUGUAUAUAAUACAUACAUACAUGCUUAUGCAGACUGAUUGUCUAGGUUGUUUUAAUAAAUGUAAUAGUAAAUUAUAUAGUUAAAAUGUUAUAUUAUGAGUGUUGUUAUCAGUUCAAAUGGAACUUUUAGCGUUUAUGUAUUUAUAUGUAAUCUUAUGCGUAUGGUUUUUAAAAAUUUCGCGUAUAAUAUGCGGCUUAUUUUGUCGUAGAAGAAAAUAUUCAAUUCAUUGAAAUCAUGAAUUCUGAAAUAUAUAUGCAUAUAUUUUAUAAAUCAACAUUCCGGGGAUAUUCCCACAGCUAAAUAUUUCUUCCAGCACAUUCCUAAGCUAGAACACGCUCUAAUGUUCAUUCUGCAUGACACGUGAAUUUGUCGUGAGGAACGUGUUAUUAGAGUACAUUCUUCCCCUUCAAUCGUUAGAUAAAUGGAAAUUGUUGCUUUUGUUAGAAGUGACGUUCAUAUAUUCCAUUAGGGUUUUUCUUCAAUUUCUGUAUGUACAUAUGUGCACCGUGUAAAGUUCACUGUUUCGUCUGUUCCUUGGUCUGUGAUGUGCAUCACAGUGGACUCACAUUUGGUUUGAGAUUUUUUAGUUACGAACUUUAUUUGCAGAGUAAAUAAUUGUAAAUAAUAAUACAGUGGAACUUCUCUAACUCGAAUCACCAUAAUCCACAAAAAAACUUCGAGUUAUGGAAUUUUCAUUAAAACAUACAAUUUUUCAAAAAGCGAGUUAUUGAGAACUUCGAGUUAUAGAAGUUCGAGUUAUGGAAGGAAAUUUAUAUGAAAUUUGGCUUCUAAACGCUAUUGCCAACUCAAAAGUUCAAGUUAUGGAGAUCUUCGAAUUAUAGAAGUUCUCAACUUUCUAUAUGUAUACGUAAAUAAAACGACUUCUGUAAUCACUGAAUGUUCCACGAAAAAUGUUCAACAACAAAAUCAUAAUUAGAGAAGCGAAUAGAAGAUUAAAACAAAUAAAUAAUAAAAACAAAAUAAAAGUAAAAAUAAUUAAACAAAAUGGUACGAGGCGAGUCGACCGCUUAUCAGUUGCCACUGCUGUGGGCUGUGUAGUAAAAUUUCCCUUCUUAUUAUUUAUUGCAAUAGUCAGCAACAGCGGGCCAACUAUAAAAUAAAUAUUUACGCGAUAUCAACAAAAACCUGUAUUGUAUACAACAAGCGUACACGCGCGAGUUAAUGCUUUUUUGACUCCGGCACUGAUAGCUGGUAGCCGCGUAAGAGCGUAAAAUUCAGUGUGGAGAGUGGGUUAGAAUGGCGGCGGCGAGAAAAUAUACGACACUCUCGUUGAUCAAACCGGCCGCAUUGCUGACAGCUGCUCGAGUAGUGAGUGUUCACCAACACACACAGACACAAAUGUGGCGACACAACUGAUUCAAGCCCCCUCUGAGCUGCUAAUAAGUUGAUAAACUGUUUGAUUCUUCUAAGAAAUACUACACACUGGGGCGAAUGAGUAAAUGUGAAUAAAAUUAAUAAACAAUGUUUGUUGCUUAUAUGUAUAUACAUAUAUAUAAAUAUCGUGUAAAUAUAUAAUAUACAUAUAACAAUUGCCCUGCCUUUACUGUUUAGCCGGCAUACAUACAUAUGUGUACAAAAGUAUGUAUUCCAUUAAAGUAAAAUGUAAACUAAGUCGAGCUUUAAUUAUAUUACUAUAAAUUAUGCAUAUCAUCGUAAAUCAUUUCAUUUGAUUUUGCUGGAGCGUAACGAUAUUUGAACAAAAGCUAUGAAUGUUGAUUGAAGUGAUUUUUAUGCAGCUUUCACUAAGCUUCCAUAUGAAAGCUCACAUAUUUUCGAGCUUUCGUGAUGCAAUGAUUAUUUUGGAUUUUGCUUAAAAUUUUUUCCAUAGCAAAUAUCUCCAAUCCCAACAUAAAUGAUUUGAUACUAACUUCAUAUAAAAAUGAAAUUACAUGCUCUCUUAAUUUUCUACACACCACUGUACUAAUGAAAACCAUUAGGUAGCAUGCUUUAUAAGUCGACAAUUGAAAGCAAAAACGCAUUUCACAUUUUAAAUGUAAAUUAGAUUUUUUUAUAGUAAACUGCCAUGCGAUAAAUAUGCUGCCAACAAACUCAUUGGAAUUAUCAAUUGUUAUUUUCCUUACCUUUGUAAAAACUGGCUAAUACUGGUAAGGCAAUUCUUAUUAAUAAAACACAAGCACACCUACACGUAUAGUUUAGCCUGCUGCAGGUUGAUUCUACUAGCACCUACACAUGCAUACCCUUAGAUUUGUAUAAUUUUCUAUAAUUAUUAUUUUUUUUCAUUUAACGCACGCACAUAGCAUCACAAAUGGUCAAUAAACACAAUAGAACACAUAACAUACAUAUGUAUGUAUACGUGUAGUAAGGUGGAGUUUUUCAAAAUGAAAUUCUGCUCCAAUCUCUAUUCAUGCCUUCGCCGUUGAAACCAGAAAGGCCGCGAUGCCCAUACAUGUGUUCUGCUCCACCGAAACAGGGGCUGAGGAGGAGCAGCACACGAUCCAUUAAAUAGAUAUGCAUAUACAUACAUACAUAUGUGUAAAUAUGUGUAUUUAUGUAUGUAUGUACGGUAGUGUGUGUUCGAUUCUUUUAUGGCUCUUGCUAAGCAGCUUAGCCAGCGCACAAUUAUUCCUAUUACUAUAUAUGAUUUUAUGUCUUUUUAUUGCUUAUUUUACACUCUAUUCUUCCUCUUCCUCCUCUGCUUCUUCUCGCAACUUUUGUGUGGCUUUGUUUGUCUUUUACGUUCGCGUAUAUUUGUACUUGCUGUUGCUUUUGCUGAUUUUAGGUGUCUUUUUGGUUUGUUUUGUCAAUUAUCGGCGAAGAAACGAUGUGUGAUUAUUGCCGACGAAACGUCACAACAAAUCGAUAAGCAAAUCCGAUAAUAUAUGCAUAUUAUUUGUUGUGUGCACAGAAGACAAAUUUAGAUUGUCAAAAAAAGGGGUUUUCAAAUAAAUAACCUCGUCGAUGAUCUAUGUAUGUAUGUAUAUGUGUGUACCCGCUUAUUUAUAUCAAAAUGCGUGCAGAAAAGGCCUAAGAAGGAUUGGGAAGGAAGAGUUUUUACGAGAACAAAUUGUCCUUAGAUAUGAAAGUUUGCCAAAGUUUACCAGCUUUAAGCUGAUCUUCAGGUGUAUGAUCUAGUUUUCCUUAUUUUCUGUUAAUAGUUGAUAUUGCGUCAGUUGCUAGGCUUGACAGAGCCCAAGCUUCACAUUUCAACUGACUCUACAACUAUGUCUGUGUGGUGUGCGUUGUAACCCUCUCAUCUACUUAAUCGUAAUGUAAUCUUAAUUUCACUAAAUGAAUUGUGUUUUCAAAAAUAUUAUAAAUAUUCCCAUAAAAUAUAUUUGUCAACCAUGUUGACAAGUUGUGGCUAAAAUUUGAAUGAAAUGUAAAAUCAUUUUAAAGCAUUAGACGCAGCGUAUGAUACGAGUAGCAAAGUGCUCAAUUCUCCAGCGGGGCAACCGGGCAGCAUUUGCAUCUAUGAAAACUAUUAAAAAGCCAUAUCUAAUGGUAUAUAAUCAAUUACAAUUAGGGCUAUUACAGUAAUAUCUGAAAUCAGUAAACCACUGAGUUCUAGGUAAAUUUCAUUUUCUAAAAAGAAGAAACCGCCCACACAGUACAUUUUGCCUUAUGCGCGGAUUUAUAAAUCACAGAAAAGGCUGAAUUUUUCAUUGCGUCUGCAAAAGCGCUUGUCAUAAGAUCCCAAUUCAACGGAAGCUAAUAAAAACCUACUCCAGAAAGAAUGAGUAACUUAAACAAUUUCACAACGCUUUUAAAUUUAAUUGGACUCUCAUCGAUCCAAGAGGAGUACGCACAAAAACUAACCGAUAUUGUGAUCACCACAUCGCUUGAACAACCAGUGCACACAAUACUCUAUACCAGCUGUGAAAAUUUUGAACCGCUAGAUAUAGACUCUGCAUUUGUGCUACACAGACUUGCCAGUGGACUUGCUCUGCCAUUGAUGCAUUUUGACACCUCGCCACAUAUUGAGAAAUAUGUGGAAAGUUUCAAUGCGGAGUUGCUGAGCAUAGCUAAGCUCAGUCAAGAAUUUUCGACGGACGAACACCUACUGACAACGCUCUGGCAACGUCUAUGGCACAAUGCACAAAGUCGACUCAUCAUACUGCUUGAUGAGACCGCGAGCACUGCUUAUGUGGCCGAAAUUUUAAGAUUUUGUGUAGAACACAAAGCUAUUAAUGUGAUUGCUUUGCAGCCUCGUAUGACAGUGACAGCGCGCACCUACUGGACCGUGAGCAUAUUUCCACAUCUGGAAAUAGUUAAACGCAAACUCCCAAUCUUCGGCCGUGGUGCAGUGUUUCCCAGUCAUCUGAGGAAUAUGUAUGGCCAUCCGUUGCGAGUGCUGGCGAAAGCUUGGUCCCCCCAACUAUACACAUACACUCCAUCGAGCGGGAACGCAACAUCCAGCGGCUUCUGGGGAAGAGCGGUAAUGGAGUACGCUCGUCGGUACAAUGCCACCAUUGAGUAUCCUUACUCUAUGCAUCACAAAACUCUGUCGCUUUCUGAACAUAUCAGUUCUUUAGAGAAUCAUACAAUCGACCUGGGAGCACUGACGUUAAUGUUGUACAAUAACGGUAAUAUAAGUUUUUCAGUAAUUUUUCACCUUAGCAGUUGGUGUCUGAUGGUGCCUGUGGAAAAAACCUUACCUAGAUCGACAUUUUACUACAAUAUUGUGCACCCAUCGGCAUUCUUCUUAUUUAGCCUCAGUGUAGUAGUGAUCCUCAUUUGUUGGGCAUUCGUACAUCGUCGGCGCGCACAUAGGCAAUUACCUGCAAGGAAGGAUUUUGUUAACUUGUCACUUCUUACAGGACUACUUGGUAUGCCUUUUUGGACCGAGCGUCACCUUAUCGGCAUUCAGAAAGUCAUACACAUAACCAUCUCUGUGGCGGGUAUCAUCUUUGGUACUGCCUAUGGGGCAUACCUGCAGAGUUUCAUCGUAAAUGCUCCGGCAGCUGCUACUCUCUUGACCAUAGAGGACUUGCUAAAUAGCGGCAUCAGAGUCGCCAUAAAGAGCGAUGAAUUGCACUGGAUUCGCACGUAUUCGGAUAUGGGUAGAUACAUUGAGAAUUUCACCAUAUUUACCAAUCAUACUAAGUACCUAAAGUUGCGCGAUGACCACGACACCCGUUAUGCAUAUUCGGUUGGCGAGAUGUGGGACGUCUACAAUGAGCAACAAGAGUAUUUCUCACGGCCGCUCUUUCGCUUUUCAGACAUCUGCUUUAACAAAAACUAUCCAAUGGUUCUGCCUCUGUUGCACAACUCCAUAUAUCGCCGCCACCUAUACUAUUUUCUAUUGAGGCUAGAUCAAUCGGGAUUAAUAAGCUUCUGGCGACGAAACUGCUUUUGGGAAUAUUUGGAUAUGGGCUGGAUUUUGUUAGAAGAUCGUAAUAAACAGCCUGGCAUUGUACCCUUAAAAAUUGCGGACUUAUACUACGUACUUAUGGCGAUGAGCGCUUUUCUAAUUUUAAGCAUUAUCUGCUUCGGAAUAGAAAUAUUUUUAAAAAACUUUCAAUCAUGGGAAUGAAGCGUUUCUAAUUUUUCUCCGAAUAGUUUGGCAAUAUGUAUAAUAAAUGUUUGUGGUUGUUGUAUAACAUAAACUCAAACAGGCUGAUUCGAAAAUGUAUAAGGUGUAAAUGUCUCCCUCUUUCGAGUCUAUAUGUUUGAAUAUUAAAUAUGUAUAUUAAGUCAUAUAAAGUAAUUUGUUAUGAAUUUUUAGUAUUUAAUGAGUUUGCUGUGUUUGUCUAGUCAAGGAGCUACAUAGCUGGCCAUCCUAACCGCACUAAGCAUUCCAUAGUCCACACAGCUUGGCGCUGUCCUGAUUGACAAUUAUCGCAUUCUCCCUGCGAUAUUGUUUUACUUGUGAAUCGAUUGGGCCACCGACUGUGAGUACACGCGCACGCCUGAGUGUGGCAGUAAGCUAAACAUGCCCGAGUAAACCCAACAACAAACAAUCUGAAUGGACCGACGUAGAAGUGUGAUGGCGCGGUAUUUUCCACUUUUUUUUUGGCAAAGCACUUUGUUUAUUUUCAAUCUUGUUUUCUUCGAAUUUUUUAUAUUUUCUAUCCACCUUUCUUAAUAGCAUCUGACUACGCGAAUUCCGCCAUUACCGCACGUGUUGUUAAAUAUAACAUGUAUCUAAUUAUUUUUCUCUUCUCACGCCGUUAAUCCUACGCUUUGCGAGUUAAGAUUUACUUAUUUCCCCUAAGAUUUUAGAUUUCCUCGUGGAAGCUUUCAUGAAGCAAAUGCAUGUAGCAAAACAUUUAAUCAGUGCCAAAUACUUUGGUUUUCCUUUUUAUUAUUUCGAUAACACGAUAAAUAUAUACGCAACGAUAUAGUAUUCAUAUUUCCAACAUCUGCUUAUGAAUGCUUCUCAAGCAUUCACACAUCUUUUGCGAGCUCCCUCCCACCUUUUCACCUCUUAAACAGUGAUAAACAAGAAACAUCAAAUUACCAAAAACACAACAAUAACAUUCAGCGUUUGUUUUUUUCGCUACAUCUUAUGUCAUUGAGCAAUUUGUUGAUUCAUUUUUCCCUGCUGUCGGUAAAAUGCGGGAAAGAACUCGAAUGAAAUGGAAACGUGUAUUCAUUAGAAAAUAUACCCCUACGCAUGGGGGAAAGUCGGCGGUCGUUCCUUCUUCGUUGACUCUUUCCGAUUUUUUACCUUUUCUGCACUGGGUGGUACCCCCUACCCAAAAUGUCAUACAUACAUACAUAUGUAUAACAGCAGCGAAUCGCUUAUUUUCGCAGCAUCUCCGUCUCGCCUUGUAUGCCACCGGUCACUCGCUUAAUAUUCGCCAUUUAUCAUCUCGUUUUGCCCACAUGCUUAGUUGUGUGCGUAAUUUAUUGUUUAUUUUGUUUUGGUGCAAUUUAAUUUUAGAAAAAUCAAAUUGGUUUUAUAAAUAACAAAUUCAUUAGAGACAGCCGCAACACCCGGUAGCCAAGCAGCAGCCAACAAAUCUACACUGUUGUAGCGUCUCUUACUGCAGGUCGCCGUAAAAUUUGUUCAAUCUAAAGAGGAAAGUUUAUAUAUGAAUGUACAUAUUAUACAUGCAAAACAUGCGUAUAUGUACAUACAUAUAUGCAAUAAAAGGAAGCCCAGCGGCCACCACUCAACUGCAAAUUUGGCUGACCAUAAAUUCUGUUGUAGCUCUUAAAUCAGUCUUAAUUAUUUUGUUUUCCAACCGUCUAGUUAACUUGGUGAGAAGCAAAGAGAGGAAUGUCUUUUAAUCAGAAAUCGAUAUACAUUUGUGAAUAUACUCUAAAGGAUAUUAUUUUGAAAAUCGUUUUCAAUAUAAAAAUUGUUGGAUAAAAUGCAGUAAAUUCAAUUUUAAAAGUUACGUCACAGCUGUUGGCAUUUUUGCAAUGUUUUUAUUUAUCAAUAUUAAUAAGGAAAUAUCUGACAGUACCUUACUAUUUCCAAGUUAUCUGAAUGUAUGUGAGUCACUUCCGUUGAGUGGAAAAUUUAAUAUACAUAGGUAUAUUUAAUCAGUAAUAGGUUAAUAUACUAUUUAAUCCUCACUUCUAAAUUUUUUUUAUUUGUUAUUGUAAUACAAGUAUAAUUAUUAUAUAUUUUUGUAUUUGAGUAUGUGGACCAAUGUUCUAAUCGAAUUUAAUGAGAUUUAUUAGCUGCCAGAGUUGUUUAUACGCUUAACCGCAGACCCUUUGGAUUUCUAUUCGCAUGAUUAGUGUGCAAAUAUGUAAGCGACUGCUUAAUUGCCUCUCUCAGAGCUCCUCUACUCCGCUGACAUUUUCAGGCGACGAGUCAUCGACCCAUGCAAACCACCUUGCGGCUGCUUAUCCAAACCUACAGCCGCCAGCAAUACAAAUUUAACCAAAUUUCGAACAAUAACUUAGUUAACCACCGAUGGUUUUGUCCAGCACCAUUAGCCCCAAAGCAAUUAAGCGCCACACAAUGCUGGCGCCAGUCACAUCAAUCAGACAGACAGACAUCUCUCACAAAGCGAAUAUCACAUUCGCUCGUAAUGUGUUAAUCAUAAAUUAAGCAUUUUAAUUGUUGAAUAAAUCGCUUUUAAAAGUCUGUUGCUGCUUUUAUAGAGAUUUACCAACAAUACAUAUAUACAAAGUGUGUUCAGACACAUGAGGAUUAACGCUAUGUUACCGGUUUAGGUCGUCUUUCACAAAUGCGCCAUAAAUAUUAAAGUCAGUGUGGCUCGACUAUGAAGAAACUUCUGAAAUACUUCUGUUUUAAUAAAAUAUGCGUUGGGCCUUACCACAUGUUCCCUUCGACUUUGUAUCCUCUGCAAUGUUAUUAAAUCAGUUGUAAAUAUGGAGAAGAACACUCGUAAGUCUUUUAAAUUGUGUUAUUUUGUAACCAACAUUCACCACAUUAAUAUGAAAAUGCAUGUGUUUCUUCAGUAUAAAAUGCUCCAUUUUAAUACCUCACGCUGUUUUCGCACCAUCUGGCCCCACUUUUUGCCGAUAUACUUAUACAUAGGUACAAACUGUUUGUAAUAUGUAUGUAGAUUCAUAUAGAUAGACUUUAUCAAAGUAUAAUAAAAAUGCGACAACAAUUUUGAUUUCGACUAAAAAUAGGAGUAUAUGUGUAAAACAAAUUGUGUGACUAAAAUGAUAUACUACACAAGAAUUAUUUGUUCCAUUCACUGUUUUCUUUGCUUCUCACUCUUCGAAUUUACUAUUGAAUCAUUUGCUGUUUGUAUUUUCCAUUUAUUUACGUUUGAUUUUUGUCAGCAGGUAUUAACUUAGUAUACUAUAUAUCUCUACAUUCAGAAAAACAUAUGUGCCGAUGCAUGUGUGUAUACACGCUUCAAUCACUCCAAUAUGGUAUAAUUAGUGCCUUCGCAUAUCGAAUUUGUUUUUGCUCAAUUGACGUAAAAAUAUUUAUAUUUAUUUAUUUAUUCAUUUCUAUAUAAACACAUACAUACACAUAAUGUUCGUGUGAAUGGACGAUUAUAUUCUUUAUUUCUUUGUUUGUACAAAAGUAUGUAUGUAUUUAUCUUGGCCAAAUCAUUAAAUAAUAAAUAAUUUUAGAUAUUUUUUAAUGCAUCAAGCAAAUAUAACACCGACUUUUUAUAUGAAUGAAUAAAUGCAGGAGGAAUUUUUUCAUAUUAGGGGUGCUCGAAAUUUAAAAUCACUUUUAUAAGAACGCUUUUUAAAAACAUUCUUAGCCGUUACUAUUUCCUGGUUUUACAUAAGCAACUUCAAAGGUUUUUUUACGUAGAUAAAUACAUAUAAACUACCACAUU